GUUGACUCGAGUGUUCGUCAAUUGAGUCUGCCGUUACUGACUCCCUCACCAUGUGUUUGGAUGUCACAGAGACCCCACAUCAAUUCGACGCCUUCUACGGUCUCCACUGACACGAAUCCUUCAAACACGAUGGGUCUGAGAAUCUUGAACGCCUACUCAAUAGCUCUUAUCCCCCAGAAUUUGUGUGUUCCAUACGACUCAGUGGAGAAGACUGUGAAUCGUACGAAUAGGAGCGACGAGUUGAGUAAUGGAGUUCGAGCACACAGUGGAGUGAAUGAAUCUGUGAGUGUUUCGAAUGGUGUUGGUGAGGUGAAGGGUUGUCGUGUUGGCGAUGUGGGAGUUGAUGAAGGGUGUGUUGGAGGAGUUGGUUCUGGCGUGAGUGAGACUAUUGAUUUGUCGUUGUCAAGUGAUGACGAGAGUUGUGAGGAGAUGGAUGUGAAUGGAGUUGGUGAUGAUGGAGUGGGGAAUGUUGAUUCAAGUGACCGGGAUUAUAGAUGUGAUGUGGAUGAGAGAAGAAGACGUGAGUCGUUACUGUUUGAGAAGAAGAUGCGAUGUCUGGAUUUGGAGAUUGAAGCUGCGGAAAUGAGGGUUGAAAGUAUGAGAAUGAUGAAAGAAUAUUGGUGUAGGAGGUUGAAUUCAUUGUCGCAAUCUUGAAGACAGAAUGAGGAAGGAAGUACGCGUAAAUCAGAUAUCCCUAGUUUUUAUUAAUUUCGAUAUUUAUAAUAAAUAUUUAUAUGUAUGUAUUCACUAAUGAUGUCUUUUUGAAUGAGUUACUGUAGCGUGUAAUUUGAAAAUAGUUUUGGUGAGUAAUGUGGCAUGUAUUGUGAAAGAGAGCAUGUGUAGCCAGCCAGCCAGCGAGCGACUUAGUUGGCUGGCGUCCUCCGGUGUAGAAGGUGUUCUGGGAAAUGUGAGUUUGAUUUUGUCUACUUAUGAUGAUGGGAGCCAGCCC